UAUUGGAUUUGUUUUAUUUUUGAAAGGACUUUGUCGAAAAAUCAUCAUAUGAGCCAAGUUGAUAUCUUCUGCAAAAAUAGCUAGUUUUAACCCAUCGUAACUAGUACUUGUUCUCAGCUCCUAUUUAUUUUGAGACCUCGACCUCGCUUGACUGUCUUUCAUACAAAUCUCAGCUACCCCUCCAACCUCCAUGCUAUUUUGACAACACCAUCACAUCAACCUCAAAGGAAUAAUAUGGCGAAUUCAAAGUGAGUAGAUUGUUUAAUACCAUUUUAUUCCAUCUAAUGUAGCUCACAAAUUCCUUAGAUAUGAAUAUGUUAAAGCCUUUGAGCAACCUGAUCUGCUGAUCCCAAAUACAUGGAUCGUAGUGCGUAUUGAUGGUCGGGGAUUUCAUAAGUAUGUUCUACCUCCUCCAUAAGCUAUUUGCUACUCGCAUAUGUACUGGAAACUGAGAAAUAUAGGUUCUCGGAUAAAUAUGCAUUUGAAAAACCAAAUGACAGAAGAGCAUUGGAUCUUAUGAAUGCGGCUGCUAAGGCCGUGAUGAUGGAAUUGCCGGAUAUUAUUAUUGCGUAUGGGAUCAGUGAUGAAUACAGGUUUGUUUUAUUCGGCAUGACAGCUUUCUAUCAAUUUAUUUUGCUGAUGAAAACAAUCAUAGUUUCGUCUUCCAUAAAUCAUGUGUGCUUUUUGAGAGGCGCUCGAGGUAUGACUCUUUCCCCUCAACCCUUUGUUGAAAAAGCCUCUCCACCACCCCCCCCCUCGGCGCGGAAAAACAAAAAUUGAUGCGAUAUAUUAGUAAACUCGUCACAACUAUAGUAUCGACUUUCACAGCAUACUAUGUCCAUCUCUGGUCUACCUAUUUUCCAGAACCGGAAAUGCAACUCACGGCUCCGUUGCCUAGUUUUGAUGGUAGAGCUGUGCAGUAUCCUAGCGUGCAGAAUUUGAGGGAUUAUAUGAGUUGGAGACAGGUGGAUUGUAUGUACUUUUAUUUUUACUGUUCUUGCUUUCCUCUCUUCUACCCUCGUUGUCAUUUCCUAUGAGUUGGUACUGAUGAGUUAAGGUCACAUAAAUAAUCUGUACAAUACGACUUUCUGGGCUCUGAUUCAGAAAGGAGGAUUGGACGCAAAAAUUGCGGAGAAGGAACUUGCUGUGUGUUUUGUAAUUCCUCGAUGGUUUGUUCUAGAUACUUAUUCUCAUGUGGUUUUAGGGCUCAUUGGCUGCGGAUAAAAAUGAGAUUUUAUUCUCGAGGUUUGGAAUCAAUUAUAAUAAUGAACCGGAAAUCUACAAAAAGGGGAGCGUGGUUUUUAGAGAUGUAUGUCAUUUCCCUCAUCCUAACUUUCUCCGGAAAUUAACAUGAGCAUAGUACGAAUUGGUGGAACCGGGAGUGCCAGAAAUAAUUGAUGAAGAUUCGGCAAAGACGGUCGAGCAGAAGGAAUUUUCAAAGACCCAAGAAGAAAAAGAUAGGAAGAGGAGAGCAAAGGCAAGAAUCACGGUGCAGCAUGUAGACGUCAUUAAAGAUGAAUUCUGGCAGAGAAGGCCAUGGCUUCUAUCAAACAAGCCUGGAAAAAUACCCAAAGAGCCAUAGUUCGAGAAUUAGAACUUUAGAUUUAAUUAAGAUACCAUACAU